AGCAGCCUGUGUGGAGACAGGUGUCCCGUAGCCUAGGAAGCUGGCCAGCGCCUGCCCCAGCUGUAGGCCUUGCUGCCUCUGCGAAAACAUCACCAUGUCUGAGCCACCCCGGGCUGAGACCUUUGUCUUCCUGGACCUGGAAGCCACUGGGCUCCCCAAUGUGGAUCCGGAGAUUGCUGAAAUAUCCCUCUUCGCUGUUCAUCGUUCCUCCCUGGAGAACCCUGAACGUGAUGAGUCUGGCAUCCCCAUGCUGCCUCGUGUCCUGGACAAGCUCACGCUGUGCAUGUGCCCAGAGCGCCCCUUCACUGCCAAGGCCAGCGAGAUUACGGGCCUGAGCAGUGAAGGCCUGGCACGGUGCCGGAAGGCUGGCUUUGAUGGUGCUGUGGUGCGGACACUGCAGGCCUUCCUGAGCCGCCAGGAGGGCCCUAUUUGCCUCGUGGCCCACAAUGGCUUUGACUACGACUUCCCUCUGCUUUGUACAGAGCUUCAACGCCUGGGUGCUCACCUGCCCCGGGACACUGUCUGCCUGGACACGCUGCCAGCAUUGCGGGGCCUGGACCGUGCCCACAGUCACAGCACCCGGGCUCAAGGCCGCAAGGGCUAUAGCCUGGGCGGCCUCUUCCACCGCUACUUCCAUGCUGAGCCAAGUGCAGCCCACUCAGCUGAGGGUGAUGUGCACACCCUGCUCCUGAUCUUCCUGCAUCGCGCUACUGAGUUACUUACCUGGGCAGAUGAGCAGGCCCGCAGCUGGGCCCACAUUGAGCCCAUGUACACACCCCCUGAUGGCCCAAGCAUUGAGGCCUGAAUGCCACCUCACCAGUUCAGCCAGGCUCUGUGCCCUGGAGCUGGUUCUAACCAGGGAGACUUGCUGCCCCUCUCGCCAGCUCUUAGCUGGAAGGUCCCAGGCCUGGUUGACCAUGGAGCCCAAGAGCCUUCUUUAAGCCCCACCUUUGGGCCUGCAUGCUCUGGCAGUUGGCAGCUUUGGGGAUUCUGCUCUUCCCCCCGUUUCUCAAUAAACAUCACUAACUA